UGGAGCCCCGCGCGGCAGGGCCGGGCCCGCCGGCGGCGGCCGCGCAGGCAAUGGAUUCUCCCUACGCCAACGGAGCGUACAGCCCCCCGUACCCGCACUACGCCAGCCUGCCGCAGGCACGGGGCUUCUGCUGCUCGGGGCCCCCGCGCAGCCCCUACCCCACAGAGCCCGCCGGCUUCUACCGGCCCCCAUCGCCCGCUCCCGCCUGGAGCUACGGCCCCCCGGAGUGUCCCCCCGAGGGCUCCGCGCUCCGCAGGCAGCAGGUCCCCGGCUACUCCCCGCCACAGACCCCUGGAAUGCCGAUGCCGCAGUACCCGUACGGAGACAGCAGUGCAGGGCUCCCGGGGCAGGGCCCGGUGCCACAGCCCCGAGCCCUGGAGGACACGUGGGGCCCCCACUCUGUCUUUGGGGUGCAGCCGCGUUACGCCUGGCCCGCGGCCUCGGGGCACGGCAGCCUCUACGUGUCCGAUUCACAGCCACCCUGGAGCGGCAGCGGGGCUCCUUCCCACCCUCCCACCUGGGAGUCACAGGGACAGGACUCUGUCUACGACAGACCUGAGCAAAGCCCCAGCCAACGCAGUUACUAUUCUGAUGUCAACCAGAGGCACUCUGGGGUGGGGAAUGAGCACAGGAUAGCCAGGGCUGCCCCGUCCCAGCCGCGGGUGCAGUACAGUGCCCAGCCCCAGCUCUAUGACCUCGCUCCACGGAAGCCCGUGGCCGGGAGCCGGGAGCUGGGCUUCAAACCUGCUGAGCAGCCUUCCACAAACCCUGCAGCCAUGCAGCCCGAGAUUCAGAGGAUCCUCCACGUGAUGGGGGAGGCUGAACAGCUGGAGGAAGAGGUGGAAGAAUUUGUAGGGAAAAAGACAGAUAAAUCCUACCGGCUCCUGGAGGAGAUGUUGACCAAGCUGCUGCUGGAGCUGGAUUCCAUUGAGACUGGGGGCCAGGACAGCGUCCGGCAGGCCAGGAAAGAGUCCGUCCACAGAAUUCAGGCCAUACUGGAAAAACUGGAAAGAAAGGGGCUGUGAAAGCACAUGAGCCACAACACACAGCCUGUUGUUGAGGUUCCAAAGAGUUUCAGUUCUCUUAAAUCUCAGCUCUUUCUGCUACGCACUAUUGACAAUGGAAUAGCAAUAAGCCCUGAGUUAACAAAUCAAUUCAAACCCAUCAAAAAUCCAGCCCAGAAGCCCAGCCCUGACGAACAGCUCA